GGCGCUUUCAAGUUGACAUUGAAGCUGCGAUUAAACGCUUGAAAACACAGCCUCAGGUUUGGCGUCCUGUAGGUACUUGAGUUGUAGCAGCAGGUGUCUCUGAACCUUGACACUUUUCGUCCUGAUUGAUCUAGGUGCUACGUAGUGCUAGUUUGUAAAGGGUGGAUGGCGUCGUCGUCGUGCCUUCGGAGCGCCUGCUCUGUGGCAGACUUCUUACCUUCCUGCCAGUUUUCCAGGCAGCCGUCAUGUCCAAAUGGCCAGGGGGUCGCAACAGUUCCUAAGCCUUCGUUUAUGGGACGAAAGCUGCCUGUCCAAAGGAGGGCAAAUGCGCCUGACCGCAUUUGCAUGGCGGGCGGAAUGACGAGCUCAGGGGGCAUUCUUUUGCCGCCUUUUGACAACGCAUACAUGGACUUGGCAAAGAAGUAUGGCAACGCAAAGUUUCCUGCACCGUAUGCUCCUCAGAUGGGGGCCGCUUCGCCCGCACAAGUGGAGCGAGGGGGCGGAGGAUCUUCGGGGCAGCACAAGUCUCGGCGUCCACCCCCCGACCUUCCAUCUCUUCUUCUCAACAGCCGAAUUGUGUAUAUUGGGAUGCCGCUCGUGCCAGCUGUCACAGAACUGAUCAUUGCAGAGAUUCUCUAUCUGCAAUGGAUUGACGGCCAAAAGCCAAUCCACAUCUACAUCAACUCCACAGGGACAGCCCGUGCGGAUGGAGAAACAGUUGGAAUGGAAACGGAAGGUUUUGCAAUCUACGAUGCCAUGCAGAAUGUCAAGAACGAGGUGCACACGCUCUGCAUUGGGUGCGCCAUUGGGCAAGCGGCCUUGCUCCUCUCAGCCGGCAAAAAGAAUCAUCGGUUUAUGCUGCCGCACUCCACAGCCAUGAUUCAACAACCGCGGGCCCCGGGUGGUGGUCUGAUGCCUGCCAUUGACGUCUAUAUCCGAGCUCGGGAGACCGUCAAAAAUAGGGACACUCUUGUCAGGUUGCUGUCGUACCACACCCGGCAGAAUGCUUCGAAAGUUUCCAAGGACAUGGAGCGGCCCUUGUAUAUGAGGCCUGAGGAGGCGAUUGCGUACGGUUUGGCGGAUCACAUUCUUGACCGGGACGUCCCAAUUGCUGGCGACACGAAAAACCUCGAGGACUGGGAUAAGGGCGCAGGGAUCCGGGUCGUCCAGCGUCCUGCUACUGCAGGGCAACCGGGGCUUGGUUAAGAUGUUCAAAGACCCCUCGGACGAUUGGCCGCACUGGGUGUCAUCAGCUGGUACUAGUAGAGUCACACUGUAUAUUGGAUGGACCAUAAAGAGCCGGUAAACAUAGUAGCUGGUCAGACUCGGAGACUGGCUGCUCCUUGUAUCUUCAUCGAAGGAGCGAACUGACGAGAAUCCUCUUCGCGAUCGUCUGAGGUUUAUACUGGACGCCUGUUCGUGUCAGUGUGACACACCCUGAUGCAGAAGGCAUCUAGGCCUUUAGUAUAUGUGCUCGCAUAGUAUAUUCCCAUGCAGUCUGCAGGAAGCCCGGGGACCAAAGUCACAAAUAAGGUGAUUGGCACACUCAUG